AUGUCUUUGACGAAAUCGACGCAGGCGACUGCAGCUUCAUCAUCGAAUGCCUUGACGACGCCUUUCAAGCAACCUAGAGGCUGCGGUAACGAGUUUCCAGUGACGAAGAACUUCACCAGCUUCUACAGGACCAACAGCACAACGACAAGCUCAGUCCACACUGUCAUCGCCUCUGGCCCUGGCGCCUCAGGGUAUGCGGCCUGCCAGCCCUCACAAUGGGAUGAGACAAACACAAGGUUUUCGUUCAGCCCGGGCGUCUGUCCCAGCGCGUGGACAGUCUGGCAGAUCUCGCAAAACACCAAUGGAACCUGGACGGCGCUCUGUUGCUCGAGAAACUUCCAUCCUCUCUCCAACACCUGGAACAUCGAGGGAAUUCCCAACGACGCCUGUGCGAGCAUCGUGACGAAUAACAUAACCACAUCCUACGUCACAUCUACCAACACUGUCACGGUCGGAUCGGUGAUUCAAACAAACACUUACACGUUCAGCCCUAGCUCGGGAACCACUACCACGUGGAUUCACAAUGCUUGGCAUGUUUCAUGGGACCCGACAGACGUUGUGAGCCUCACACCUUCUCCACCGACGCCUAGAUGUUCGACAUCGGGCAUCUUGAGCUGGGUGCCUGGUGAGAGCCCCGGAAACAGCAGCACGGUGUACGGCUCCGAGUGCCAGAAGCAGGAGUCGGGCAACACCGCGGGUUGGGGACUCUAUUUAUUCCUGGUAGCUGGCUUGCCCACCAUCAUCGGUUUGGCCUUCAUUGGGUGCUGUGUCUGCGCCAUUCGAAGCAACAGCACGCAGAGAAGACGCCAAAGGGAGAGGGUGGCCGAGGCUUACCUGGCAUCAAGUCAAGCAACGGCGACCAGCCAGAGCCAGGGGAAGACCCAACCAGCGGUUCAGGAGACGAUACCGCUCGAGACCGUGGGACGGGAAUGA